AUGACUACGACACCAGACAUGGUCCAGAAAGAGCCGGAGAUUAUUGCAUUUGGUGAUCUCACAACCUCCGAGUGCCUUGACUCUCUUGAAGCACUAUUACAUUCGAAAAGCAACACCAAUCUUGCAGACUUCUUUGUACGUGUGGGUUUCCACCUUCGACAGUACCUCGGAAGCCUUCCAUCUUCUCAACAAGUCCUCUUCCCGAGGUUUUCGACCCUUGUUGAUCUCCUCGCCAAAUGGGAAAGCUCUCCCGGUCGUCCUGUCUUGCAACUCUUGUUCCUGAGUGUGUUGCAGAGUGCCCAGUUUAUUCAUCACUACGGUGGAUAUGGAACCUUCGAAUAUCCGUCAGAGGCAAAUACUUGCAUAAUAAGCAGUUGUGCGGGAAACUUCACCGCCGCCGCCGCGAGCUGUUCCCAGUCGACAGCCCAGUUCGUUCCCCUGGCUGUAGAAGCUGCGCUCGCUGCUUUCAGAACUGGUCUCAAGUCAUUUUUACUUGGAGGGACUCUUGUGGCAGAAGGCAAUGUGGGCUCAAGAACAUGGUCUGUAUCUGUUUUACCAACGACGGGUGCCACCGUAGAUGAGCUCCUCGGGACAUUUACAGAAUCUUCAAUAGGACUACAAGACCAGAAGACAAUUUGGGUUACUGCCAGAGCCCCUACCGGCGUCACGACGCUCGGUGGAAGACCUCUUGUUCUAUCAGACUUUGUGACUGUCAACAAGGACAAGCUGAGAAUCAAGUGGUUGGACAUUUCGUCUCCAUAUCACGCGCCACACCUGUUCGGCGUUGAGGACAUUGGUGAGAUUAUGGAAGGGGUUGCAGAGAAUAUUCCGAUAUCAACAUCAUCCCGAAUGGCGCUGUUGUUGGCACCUCAGGGCACCGACACAACGACGGAUUUCCGGGGUCGUCUUCGGAUGGCGGUUGAUGGAGUGCUCAGACAACAGCUAGAUUUAAGUGCCAUGUUCCAAUCUUGCGGCGAGCAUCUAAGCCAAAAGGGGGCUCGCAGGUGCCGUCUCACGACGAUGGCAUAUGGCACGACAUGGAUGCUCUCCACGGCAUUGCUCAACGGCUUUGGUAUCCAUUUGGACGUAAACGAAGUCUCUCCAAUGCCUGUCAAUGCCAAUGAUGUCUCUGGUCGGUCAGAACAAUCCAAAAUCGCCAUUGUCGGAUAUUCUGGGCGAUUUCCGUCCGCCGACUCUAAUGAAGCGCUCUGGGAGCUUCUUCGCGCGGGUCGCGAUGUGCACCGCGAGAUCCCAAGCGAUCGCUUCAACUACAAGACACAUUACGACAGAGAAGGGAGGGCUACAAACAAAUUCCGAGUCAAGCACGGGUGCUUUGUAGAUUCUCCUGGACUCUUUGAUUGCCGGUUCUUCAACAUGUCGCCGCGAGAGGCGGAAAACACAGAUCCAGCUCACAGACUAGCCAUCCUUACAACGUACGAAGCCAUGGAGAUGGCAGGAUUUGUCCGAAACAGAACGCCGAGCACGCAGCAUGACCGUGUGGGUGUGUUUUUCGGAUCAACCAGCGAUGACUGGCGCGAGAUCAAUGCUUCGCAGAGCGUAGACACCUACUUUAUACCCGGCGGGAUCCGGGCCUUUUGCCCCGGACGCAUCAGCCAUUUCUUCCGGCUAUCCGGACCGAGUCUCAGCAUCGACACGGCGUGCUCGUCCAGCUUCGCCGCGCUUCAGACAGCCUGCAGCUACUUGUGGAGCGGGCAGUGUGACACGGCCAUUGCCGGCGGCAGCAACAUCAUGACGAACCCGAACCUCUUCUGCGGGCUUGACCGAGCACGCUUCCUCUCCACCACUGGGAACUGCAACGCCUUUGACGACGAGGCGGAUGGAUACUGCAGAGCCGACGCGGUAUGUAGCGUAAUACUCAAACGACUCGAGGACGCCGAGGCCGACAGGGACCCGAUACUGGGGGUGAUUGUGGCGGCAAAGACGAACCACUGCGGACAUGCCGAGAGCAUCACUCGACCGCACGAGGGUGACCAAGCCGCUCUGUUCAAGUCCAUUCUCCUAGGUGCCAACUACGACCCGCUGGACGUUGGCGUAGUCGAAAUGCACGGGACCGGAACGCAGGUCGGCGAUGCCACGGAAAUGAGCUCCGUGCUCUCGACCUUUGCGCCCGAAAAGAAACGAACGGAGACCCAACCAAAAAGGCCGUUGUACGUUGGCUCAGUCAAGCCAAAUGUCGGGCAUGCCGAAGCUGCGUCGGGCAUCACCAGCCUGAUCAAGGUCCUCCUCAUGCUCAAGCACAAGGAGGUACCACCGCACUGCGGCAUCAAGACCAAAAUCAACCGCAACUAUCCGGCAGACUUGACGAAACGCGGCGUGUACAUUGCGACCCAGCCUACGGCGUGGCCCUGCUAUUCGAGUUGCAGCAAGAGGGCCGCGUUCCUCAACAAUUUCAGCGCCGCAGGGGGCAACACGGCAGUCUUGCUGGAGGAGGCUCCUCGAAGACGGGAAAAUGCCCCCAAGCGGCCGUCCGAUCCAUCACGUUGCCGUUUCCGCAAGAACAGCGGUAUCCCUCGCUGGGAAUGCUCGAUCCCUCGCAUUGUGGCUUCAGCAUCGGCCGGACACGUCUCUCUCCGCGGUCUCCUAUACCACAACGGCACGACGCACCCACCACGAAUAUCGAAUAAUGCCACGGAGACACUCAAAGCCAUACCCCCUCCCGGAAGACGACCGCGAAUCACGUUUGCCUUCACCGGCCAAGGAAGCCUGUAUGUUGGCAUGGGCAGGGAACUCUACUACACCUACUGCUCUUUCCGCCGAGACGUCACUCAGUUUAACCAACUCGCCGAGAGCUACGGCUUCGCCUCGUUCACAGGCAUGAUAGACGGGUCAACCGACGUCGAGGUCCGUAGCAUCAGUGUCGUCACCUCCCACCUCGCUCUUCUGUGCACCCAGCUGGCAUUGGUUGGGCUCCUCGGGAGAUGGGGGAUCAAGCCGAACGCCGUCAUCGGCCACAGUCUCGGCGAAUACGCUGCAUUAUACGCGGCCGGCGUGAUAAGCGCCGGCGACGCAAUCUUCCUGGUGGGCAAGCGAGCAUCGCUGCUGGAGCAGCACUGCAGAAAGGGCACGCAUGGCAUGCUCGUCGUCAAGGCCUCUCGCCAAGCAAUGGAGCAUCUACUGCGAGCGGUAGAGAACGACUUGGAGGUGGCCUGCGCCAACCAUCCUGCCGCCCACGUCGUCGCCGGCCCCAAGGACCAGAUGCCCGCCUUCAUCAGCGAAGCCCACAAACGCGCCUUGGCCACGGUCGAGUUGGACGUCCCGUUUGCCUUUCACUCGGGCCAGGUCGAGCCGGCCCUGGCGGGACUCGAAGCGGCGGCCGCGAACGCCGGCGUUGUGUUCAGCGGCCCCCGGGUACCCUUCAUCUCGCCGUUGCUGGGAAGAGUCGUGUCCGCGGGCGAACAAGGCACGCUCGAUAUCUCGUACGUCACGCAGGCGAGCCGCCGCCUCGUCGACUUCAGCGCUGCCUUGACCGCGGCACAGACCCGCGGCUUGUGCGGCAAGGAUGCAAUCUGGCUGGACAUAGGGGCUCACCCGCUCUGCGCCCCGAUGAUCAGACAGACGCUCGGCGCCGAUGAGAAGGUUCUGGACACGCUGAGAGAGAAUAUGGGAGGGUGCAAGACCAUAGCCAAGUCCGUGGAGGCACUGUACCUUGCAGGCAUGGACAUGGACUGGAGUGAAUACCAUUCCGAGUUUCCGGCUGCGCACAGAGUUCUCGAGCUUCCGCGCUACUCGUGGGACCUCAAGAACUACUGGAUCGACUACAGAGACGACUUUUGCGUCAGCAAGGGUGGCCACGCGGGAGAGACGGGGCGCGAGCAUGAGGCCAAGCAGUUUAAGUGCAUCUCUCGCGUCGCGCAGAGGGUGCUUGAGGAGACUCACAAGCAGAGAGAAUCUGCCAUGGUGGUGGAAUCCGACAUAUUCCACCCUGAGCUGUUGCCAGUACUGCGUGGCCACGCGGUCAACGGUGUGUUUCUGUGCCCUUCGUCGCUCUACGCCGAGAUUGCCCUUACUCUGGGUGAUUACCUCUUGGGAGAGCGGAAAAUGCGUCCCACAGCCACGGGUUUGGACAUGUUGAACCUGCGUAUCGACCAACCGCUCAUCGCCAAGGACGACGAAACGAGCCACGUCCUCCGAGUGACGGCGGACGCUGACUGGACCAGCAACAUGCUCAGCUUGGCGGUUUACAGUGUAGCCGUGUCCGGGAAGCAAACAACAAGGCAUGCCACCAUGAACGUCAGGAUGGUUUCCAACCAGAACUGGAUCGCAAACUGGGAGCGCAACACGCACCUCGUCACGUCAAGGGUCCGGGCGCUUGAACUGGGCAUCAAGAGUCAGAGGCUCCGGCGACGCAUGGUGUACAAGUUGUUUUCGUGCUUGGUCGACUACAGUGACGACUUCAAGGGCAUGUCCGAGGUUCUGCUGGACACGGACGAGCUGGAGGCAGUUUCCACAGUCCGGUUCCAGGUGGGCUCUACAAACAGCGGGCUGGGCAUUGAUGCCAGAUGGAUUGAUAGCUUGGCUCAGAUUUCGGGGUUCAUCAUGAAUGCCAACGACAACGUCAACAGCCAGGAUGAAGUAUUCGUCAACCACGGAUGGGAAAGGCUCCGCCAUGCCGAGAGGCUCACGGCGUCGAAAACGUACCGCGCGUACUGCAGAAUGCAGCUCGUGCGAGACACGACCUUUGCCGGCAACGUGUUUGUCCUUGACGGGGAUCGCAUAGUAGCCCUGUACGAGGGGAUCAAGUUCAUUGGAAUGCGGCGUCGGGCUCUCAAUCACCUGCUGCCGGCGAAAAGCGUGGUGCGAGACCAGAAGCCAGUCGCACCAGGAGCUGCUCCGCCCAGCUCGUACACUCUCCAUUUCGGUGACGACGCCCAGACGAGGGCCGCCCAAGAACCGCCCUCGUUUGUUGACAGACGGCCUCCUGGUAGUUCUUCGGGAGCUGGGCCUGUGGUCGAGAUCAUUUGUCAAGAGCUUGGUAUCCCGGUUUGCGAUCUGGAUUCUGAGUCCCAGCUUGCCGAUCUGGGCAUCGACUCGCUCCUCGCCAUGUCCAUCACUUCUCGCAUCCAGAGAGAACUCGGCCUGGACGUGUCCUCGGAGGAUCUCCUGCGACAUGGGCUGGUAGGCCAGCUGCAGCAUCCGACGGGCUGCGAGAGCAGUCUCGUUUAUUCAUCCUCAGUCGAGUUUGACAAUUGCUCCAACGACAGCCAACUAACGAGCGAAGAGGGCGUCGUUCCGGCGACCAGCGACACGUGCAGCUCCGACAGCUCAGACCGCGACUGGAUCCGACGCGCGCUAUGGGAGACUAUUGCCUGCGAAACGGCCACGCCUGCCGAUGAGUUGUCGCCCUCCACAUCUACUGCCGACGUCGGCAUCGACUCCCUGAUGGCCAUGACGAUUGCCGCCACAAUAUGCGAUAGGCUGAGCGUCAACGUGACGGGCAUCUCGAUCAUGAGAUGCGAGACUCUCCUCGACAUAGAAGUUGCGCUGCGCGAAAUUCUGUGCCCAGUGCCUAGCUCGGGAGCUGCGAGGGUCGAGAAGACGGGCUCGCCGGGCGUCCUGGCAGAUCAUGAGCGGCAUUCCGUUCCGGAAUCCACCGCCGCCGAAAAGCCCCACGGGUCGACAGUCUCGCGCAGCUCGGCAGAAGCCUCGGUGCUCCUCGGUGGCUCGGUGACGACGGCCAGGGCGGUCCUGGUCCUAUUCCCAGAUGGAUCCGGAUCCGCGGCAUCGUAUGCCGGCCUGGCCCCGACUCUGCACGAGGACGUGGCUGUUUACGGGGUCAACUGUCCCUGGCGCAAGAAUGGCCUCGAGCUGAUCCGGAAGAAGAUGACCGUCUCGAAAAUCGUUGCCCAACAACUCGUCGAGGUACGCCGCAUCAUCGACGCCCACAAACGGCACGGCUGGCAGAUUGCCACUGCAGGAUCUCCCAACCUAGUGCUUGGAGGCUGGUCGGCAGGAGGCAUCCUCGCGUAUGAAGCCAUCCGACAGCUGGGUGACGAGGGUGUGCCCGUGAGGAAGCUGCUUCUGCUGGAUUCGCCGGAUCCCUUCGGCCUGCAGAUCCCAUCCAGGAAGAUGUCUUGCUUCUUGGAGGACGUGCUCAAGUUUGGCGCGAGCGCCGCAAGAGCACCCGACUGGGUCCUCGUGCAUUUUGACGGCAUGUCAGAGGUGUUGGGGGCCUACACGCCCGCGCCGCUUCCCAGCAACGUCGAGCUGGACACGUUGCUCGUGUAUGCGGGCAGGGGGGCGGACAACGACUAUGACGAUGCACAAGGGGAGCUCGAGCGUGCCGCGAACCGCGAUAUUCGUUGGAUCCUAAGAGACCGCACCGACUUCACCGCUGCCGGUUGGCAACGUUUGCUCAAGGCUCGAAACUUGGUCGUCAAGAUUAUCGAUUCGGUUGAUCACUUCACCAUGAUGGAGGACGCGUGUCAACUGAAGCAGCUCGGGAACCUGGUCAGCGGCUUUGUGAGGUAG